AGAAAAAGCGGUGACGAAUGUUCUUGAAACAUUCGAUCGCUAUUUUCCUACGCAGUUUUGAUAUGAAUUGAUGUUUGUGAAGUUUUAUUUGUUCAAAAUUGUGAUCAAGUAGUGCUCAAAAUGUCCCUUAACACAGCCCACGCCGAUCAUGGCGUCCUGAUACAUGCAGGGGAAGCUAUCAUCCUGUUCUCCGACAAUGUCAUGGUCGACUUCUAUGGCAAUGACACCCCCGAGUUCAAGGGGAGCAAGAACGGGCGCAUGUACCUCACUACACACCGCAUGAUCUACAACUCCAAGAACGUCGCUGACAGCCUGAGGUCAUUCAGCUUUCCCUUCAUUGCUCUGCAAGAUGUCAAUGUGGAGCAGCCUAUGUUCUCCGCAAACUUUAUCAAGGGCAAGGUGCGGGCCCAGCCCAAUGGCAACUUUGUUGGAGAAGUGAAAUUCAAACUGGUCUUCAAGUCUGGCGGAGCCAUUGAGUUCGGCCAGGCCAUGCUGAAAGCUGCACAUCUUGCAUCCCGGCACGGCACGCCGGGCGCCGCGCCGCCGCCGUACACGCCGCCGACCGGCCCCUGGUACGCCGCCCCGCCGCCGGCCUAUGCGCCGCCGCCGCAGGGCUACUACGGAUGGGUGCCGCCCUACACUGCGUUCCCCGACCAGCCGCCGCCAAACUCCGUGUUCGUGUCCAACAACCCGCCGCCGUACCCCGGCGUGGCGGGCGCGGGCUACCCGGCGGGCGCGGGCGGGCUGUCGGGCGCCGCCGCCCCGCCCCCGCCCGGCUACCCCGGCGGCUUCGCGCCGCCCCAGGCUAACGGCAUGUCGCCCAAUGAUGCCAAAGCAGCCGAGGCGGCUCGAAGCGCCUACUAUGACCCUAACAGGCCCCAAACCGCAUACGUUCCACCGCCAUACGAUCAGCCCCCGACCUAUCAAGAGUCUACGUCGAAGAAAGAAAACUAAGGCACUGUCCGCACUUCCACCUCGGACGGCCGCGGCUGCCCGUCGGCGCCGAGCCGUUACCGGAGCCUUGCUGCAGUACGGAGACCAUACUGUAAAGCCCAGUGUGCACACUAUUUUCUAAAUACCACAUUUUUAAAACACCACUGCUAUUUUUCUGUAAUAUGCACUUAUAAUUUAAUCUCAAACAGACAGUUAAGGUGAAAUCAGAUGGUUCAGAAUGCCCCAGAACGAAAAUACUGGCCUCACAAAUUGGUAUUCUUGCGUCCGCACCUCAUUUUAUCGGUUAUAUCGGUCAUUAUCGGCGGUUGAAUUCGGCGAGCCUAAUUGGCAUUUGCGUCCGCACGCCCUGAUUUCAUCGGGCAAUUUAAUCAGAUUGCCGAAAAAUGUACUAGUCUGGAUACGCCGUAAGAGUGUUGGUGUUUGUAUUCAUCAUGAAAUUUGUGGUAUUUUGAAAACGAGCACUCGGAACCACUGAUCUCUAUUCAACCCGGUGUACUGAAGGUGCGUCCAAAUCCAGCGUAGCGUAAUCACUAAUCAGUAUUUCUUAAUCGAGCGGUAGAUAUGCUAGGUCUGAAUGCGCCUCGACGUAGCUACCUAAAGAUAUUCGAUACGAAACUUUUCCACUCGACACGUAUUUCCCUUUCGCGCAUGAGAGGAGGCCUGUGCCCAGCAGUGGGACGUAUAAGUAUAGGCUGAAAUUAUUAUUUAUUUGUAUCUCCUUGGAUUUCUCGGGCCUAUAAAUCCUGGUCUUUUGAUAAGCUCGCGUGGGGAUAUAGAUUCAACACGUAGAGGCCCCUUGGAGAGCUUUAAUGUCAUGUAGAAGAAUUUAUUUUCAUUUAUUUAUUUUUCUUAGGCUAGGUCAUUUAUAACAUGAAUAUAAAAGUAAAAUACAAAAACACAUAAAAAACAACAAAAAAUAAGUAUAAACAUAUUAUAAAAAACCUAACCUAGGGUGCCGCCAGCAGCGGGGCAGGGCCCAAGCUGCCGGUGGUCAGGGCCGCAGAGAGAGGAAUUUAUUAUUAUUACGUUCUUAUUUCUUUAGCGUCCGUGGACGGAAUAACUUUGCCCAAUGUUAUAGUCGUGCUAUUGACAAUAAGAAGUCAUCUGAAGCCAUAGCGGUACCGAAUCAAUACGGUAUAAUUUGCGAGCAUUAUUGCAAUUAGACAAAAUCGUCGCAGCCCCUUCAGUGUGUUUGCACAUGCGUACAAAAACAUACGCAUCUGAGUAUACCGGCAAUGUAGUAUUGAAAAACUGGCAAUGUAGUAUUGAAAAGGCGAAAACUCAAAGUUAUUUACAUUCUGUACAAAACGUAAGAAAGGGACACAUAUUUUUAGCGGGUCUAGUUAUACUGGUCUUAGUUAUUAUUAGUGAUGUACCGACUAUUGAUUUGGCCGACUAGCCGACUAAUCGGCGCUCGAAUGGCCGAUUAGUCGGCCGUCUAGUCGGCUAGUCGGCCAGAUCAUUAGUUUCGUAUAAGUUCAGCUGAAAAACAAUAGUUUUGCUCUUUUGGUUGCGCUAUUCAUAUAUUAGCUUGGCUAAAAGGUGUUCUCUACCGGUUCAAAGACCUAUCACAAGAAUCCUCGAUCAAUGUCUGUCUUCCUUUUAUUUUGCGAUCCUGAGCAGACCGUCAGUAGGUACAACUUGUAGGAGGUAUAUAUCCAAGGCCCUAUUUCUCGUGCGUAGUCGCCAGUUAAGAACCUAUCCCCUGUGGUCAGCGUCUUUACGAGCAACGUGCCCUGUUGAUAAGUCUCUAAAUUUGGCAAUAACAUUAAUAGUUCCCCAUGGCUCCACCAUUAAAAAAAUAACAAAAACUGAAUUAUAAUAAAAUCCUUUAAGAAUAGAACUUUGCCAUGAAAUUACACGAGAAUCAGUUGAGAUCGACCUGUAGAGGAAAACACCAGCCCACCACCAUACGAUAACGAUCAAACGGUCAAUUAUAUGAACAAAAGUUUCCAGACCCUGAAUAGGUAUUUUGGUAAAAUAGACAUAAAACAUAUGGUAAAUAUUGACUGUUGGUUUCUUUUUUUCUGUUUUUCUUUCACUAAUACAGUGCCGACUAAUCGGCCAUUUUUGCCGACUAGUCGCCGACUAAUCGCCGACUACAAAUGUGGCCGGAUAGUCGGCUUUCCCGACUAGUCGGCGACUAGUCGGUACAUCCCUAGUUAUUAUCUACUUACGGGUUGAAUCGAAAUCAGUGUGAUUUUUUUAUGAACGUUACAUUCCUUAUAAUCGUUACACCUCCCGUUUGGCUUUGAUUGUAUAAAAAAAGCACCAUUUGUGCCGUUCUUACUUCUGAAAAUUAAAGGUUCAGUCACACAGGCGCGUUUUCCGGGCGGGGCAUGAGCGCGGUGUGUAUGUUUUAUAUGUAAGAGCGGCGCGCCCCGCAAAAUGCGCCUGUGUGACGGAGCCUUAAGUUUUCAAUAAACGGGAUACAAAUCGCGAUUGUAUCUACUCGUUUCAAAUAAUUGUAAACGAAAUAUUAUACAAAGUAUUCGACAUUCAUGUAUGACUGAUUGUUGUAGAAAA